GCCUCCCCCAGCUGAAGAUGCUGUGCGGAACCGACGUUCUGGAGUCCUUCGCCGUGCCCAGCCUCUGGAAGCCGGAAGAUAUCCAGGAAAUCGUCUCCAAGCACGGCAUGGUUUGCGUCACCAGGCUGGGGAACCACGCCCAGAAGUUCAUCUACGAAUCGGACACCCUAUGGAAGCACAAGGAGAACAUCGACCUGGUGGAGGAAUGGAUCACCAAUGACAUCUCGGCUACCAAGAUACGGAGAGCCCUCAGGAGGGGCCAGAGCAUACGCUACCUAGUGCCCGACAGGGUCCAGGCCUACAUCCAAGAGCAUAACUUGUACACCGCCGAGACCGAAGACCAGAACGCAGGGGUGACCCUCGCCCCUUUGCAGAGAAAUGCAUGAGAGUAUCAAUUUUUGAUGGGCACCAGGAUGGAAUGGGGAGAGAGAGAAAGAGAAAGAGAAGGAAUCGGGGCGGAUUGGCUGCAGGUUUAGCUGCUGUCUCCUCCCCGGUGGAAUCCCCUUGCAUGCCCGGUUUGAAUUUUGGAAAGCGAUCUGCUGAGCAGCCCAAAUGACCACAAACUGGCUUGUUUGCGUGUGAACUUGCAGAAAACUGGCGAAUUCAACCCGGAGCUUCUGCAGAGGAAACAAAGAGGUGACGGAACGGUCGCAGCUCCGCCCUCCCAUCUGCUUGCCGAGCUCCUGUUCUCCCACCGUGGAGAUUCAGAGCUGGCUGAAAACAGCCUUUGGCUGCUAGCUUUGAUGUCCCGCUCUGGUUUCAAGCAGAACGGGUGCAGAAUACGGCUCGGCUUUGAAUCGAUGGCUGGCCACCUCCGCAUGGCGGUUUGUAUGUGACUCUGAGGCCUGCUUCUCAUUUCUUAGCCCUGAUGAGGUCCUGUUUUUA